AUGGGAGAACCAGUAUAACAUAAAUAAUAAUCAGAUAAAAUUCCGAACAAAAAGCAGAGAUCAAAGUCAAGGAACAAUAAGUCAAAAGAAAAAACUAAACAGGGCAGAUCCAAGGAAGAUAAGAAUAUAAAGAAAAGUGAUGAGGAAUAAAAUGAUGGUGCUGCAGAAAAAUAAAGGGCGUAAUAAAAUAACCUGCAAAUAAUGGUCCCUGAUUCUAGUGAGAAGCUUGAACCGUAUUUGCUGAUAGAGUACAAUUUUGUUGAAAACCUAACCUAUGAAAGAUGCUAAGAAUAUAUAGAUAUUAAAUCUUCUUGCCAUUUUGUUUAGCAAAGAGGUAAAUAGUUUUCAGGAGACGCAAAAUUUGCAUCAAUAAGUCAAAUGAAAAUGAAUUCACCGUCCACAAGAAAAGAUGACUUGAUAAAUAUGUUCUACAUGCUGGUAUAUUUAACGAAUUUAGACUUGCCAUGGUGUGACUAUUUAUUUUGUAUGCCCUGUAACUCAUAGUAGAAAACGUUUAGAAUGGUACUCCAAAAAAAACAAGAGACUACUUUAUCAAAACUUGCAAAAUUAUAUCAAUUGCCUGAAGAAUUUUAGAUUAUUGGAAACGAAAUUGAGCUAAUGAAGUUUAAUUCUUAUCCCAACUAUACUAUGAUACAAAAGCAUUUUAAAGCAAUAAUAGACAAAGAAAAGCCGAAUCAGCAGGUUUUUAAAUGGAGGAGAUAGCAAAUUAAUGACUAAAAAUGGUAUGCUAAGGUGCUUUCUGGAAUUGAGCAACUUUUAAUUAAUCAAUCUGAUUUUGAUUCAUAGUCUGUCAACAACCUAGAAUCAAAAGAAAUUGAACUAUCGAUGAGAAUUGACAAUUUUUAACGCAAUGAAGACAAAUAUAAAACCUAGUAGAAUGAACCAUUAAGAGUGAGUACUUUUAAUUAUCAUAAGCAUCUAUAUGACGAAUCUCAUGUUAGCGAAACCAUUCUUAAUAAAACCGAUCAUACUUCAAAUAAUAUAAGUUAAAAUAGAACAAUAAAUAACUUAAUGCAAAAGACACAAAAAUCUUAAAUAUUCACUUCUAAACUUACUGAUGACAACAUUUAAAAAAGAUAAGAGAGAUUAGAUUCUUCUAACUGUUAAUGA